CCCACGACACCUGUUGCAACGACAACACUUUCCUCCACGACGACACCCGUUGCAACGACGACACCUGCCCCCACAACACCAGCCCCCACGACAACACCAGCGCCCACGACAACACCUGCCCCCACGACGACACCAGCGCCCAUGACAACACCAGCGCCCACGACAACACCUGUUGCAACAACACCUGCCCCCACGACAACAUCAGCCCCCACGACACCUGUUGCAACGACAACACUUUCCUCCACGACGACACCCGUUGCAACGACGACACCUGCCCCCACGACAACAACGACACCUGCCCCAACUACGACACCUGCUCCCACGACGACACUUGUUGCAACGACGACACCUGUCCCCACGACGACACCUGCCCCCACAACGACACCAUUGCCCACGACGACAUCUGUUCCGAGCCCCACGACAACACCAGCCCCCACGACAACACCAGCGCCCACGACAACACCUGCCCCCACGACGACAACAGCGCCCACGACGACACCAGCGCCCAUGACAACACCAGCGCCCACGACAACACCUGUUGCAACAACACCUGUCCCCACGACAACAUCAGCCACCACGACACCUGUUGCAACGACAACACUUUCCUCCACGACGACACCCGUUGCAACGACGACACCUACACCAGCGCCCACGACAACACCAGCGCCCACGACAACACCUGUUGCAACAACACCUGUCCCCACGACAACAUCAGCCACCACGACACCUGUUGCAACGACAACACUUUCCUCCACGACGACACCCGUUGCAACGACGACACCUGCCCCCACGACAACACCAGCCCCCACAACGACACUUGUUGCAACGACGACACCUACCUGUCCCCACGACGACACCUGCCCCCACAACGACACCAUUACCCACGACGACAUCUGUUGCAACAACACCUGCCCCCACAACGACAUCAGCGCCUACAACGACACCUGCACUAACUACAACACCUGCCCCAACUACGACACAUGUUGCAACGACAACUCCACCACGACACCUGUUGCAACGACAACACUUUCCUCCACGACGACACCCGUUGCAACGACGACACCUGCCCCCACAACGACACUUGUUGCA